AUGGCGUCUCUUAAUCUCUCGACUAAUGGACCGUCGAUAACAAAGAGCUACCAGUCGGUAGUGAACGCUCCCGCUCCAACCGGUCCCGCGGCGGCUUCUCCAACAUACGGAUCAUGGGCCUUGUUCUCAGUCACAACUCCCCUUGUAAACGCAUUCCAACAAGGUGGUGCCCAGAAGGAGAGUGUACUCAAGGUCCAAAGCACAGGAGAGGGUGAACUAGUAGACCUGAUCGAGGACUUCUCGGAAGGGAAAAUACAAUUCGGUUUUGUCAAAGUAAAAGACCCGAACACCAGCCUGCCGAAGCAUGUCCUCAUUGCUUGGUGUGGUGAGGGAGUCCCUGAGCGAACCAAGGGUUACUUCACUAGCCAUCUAGCUGCCGUCGCCAAAUUUCUGCAGGGAUACCAUGUUCAAGUCACUGCUCGUUCUGAUCGUGAUCUUACUCCAGAAAGUAUUAUUCAGAAGGUAGCCGACGCAUCUGGUGCUAAAUAUUCCGGAGAUGCCUCCGUUCCAGCCCCGGCUUCGACAAAACCACCAGUCGCCGCGAAGCCAGCCUUUAACCCUACCCGCACCGCUGGCUCGUUCAAACCUACAGUACGAGGUAACUUGCCCGGCCACGCAGCGAAUGAGCCGGUCGACGAGGAUGGAUGGGGAGCAGAUGCCCCUCCAGUUACCAGAACACAGCUUGAGAAAGUUGAGUCGGCAUACAAACCUACCAAGGUUAAUAUGAAGGAAUUGACUUCACAAAAGUCAGCUACCACUUCGGGACCUGCCGUAGAGCGAGAGGCACCGAGUGAUGUAGUAAAGGGUGGAUAUCAACCUAUUGGCAAAGUUGAUAUUGCGGCUAUCAGAAGACAGGCAAAGGAAUCUGGACAGAAUGUUAACGACCGCCCAGAGAUAGUUAAGGGAGCCUAUCAACCUGUUGGAAAGGUAGACAUUGCUGCUAUCCGUGCCAAGGCUAAAGGUGAUUCCCCAAGCACGAUCUCACCCGCAGCCACCGGAGGCUCUGGUGGUAACGACGAACAGCCAAAGUCUCUUGCCGAACGCUCAGCGGCCUUCACUACUUCUGAAAGGUUGACCAGUCUACCCAAACCAAAGGUCACUCCUAAAUUUGGCGCGGCAGCUUCUUUUGCUGGGACUAAAGCCCCACUUCCUGGUGGUUUUGAAUCCAAGCCCCCAGUAGCUGCAGCCCCUGUUGGAAUUGCCAGUCGAACUUUUGCUGACCAGGGAGGUAAAACCCCAGCCCAGCUUUGGGCCGAGAAGAAAGCCAAAGAAGGUGGUGUUGUUAGCCCACCCCCAGUCCCGGAAGCACAGCCAAAGGAUACCCAAAAGAGCCAGGAAACAGGGUGGAAGAGUUCAUACACCGGAAAAUCAUGGGCUCCAGUUCAGACAACAAAAACUGGCGCAUCUGCUGGCCACGCAGAGGCUCCUGGUGCUCCAGAACAAGAGAAGCAUGAGGAGCAACAAGAGGAACCCCAGACUGGCAAUGUUGGUUCUAUUCGAGACCGAUUUCCUCAUGCCGCUCCUAUCGGUGUUGCAACCUAUGAACGAUCUGCUCCCUCCCCACCACCACUAGAUACCAGCAACAAGCCGACUUCAGGCCGUGGUGUCCCCAUUCCGGGACUGUCUCAACCACCACCAGCACCUGAACCAGCACAUGAGGAAACUCAACGUGCGGUUCCACCUCCACCUCCACCCGCAGCUGAGCCGGAAGAGGAAGAACAGGAGGAAGCUCCAGGCUCUCCGAUCCGGGUAGCAAUGCCUGUUGGCCGCGGAGCAACACGCGAUGAGCACCCUGCUGCUCCGGAGCAGCCCGCAGUGCCAGAAGUUACCCAGCAUCAGGCCGUACAUGAAGAAACACAUGAGCCAGCAAAGGAAGAAGAGCAGACUUAUACAGCCGCACCAGUGGCUGGUAGUGGUAUUCAGGCUAUCGCGCAGUACGAUUACGAGAAGGCAGAGGACAACGAGAUUGAAUUGCGAGAAGGAGAGCGUAUCACCAACAUUGACAUGGUUGACGAGGAUUGGUGGCUUGGAGUCAACUCCAGCGGUGAAGCAGGACUCUUCCCUAGGAACUACGUCGAACUUGUCGAGGGCGAAGAUGCCGCCGGAGGUGCUCCUCCAGCACCAGCUCAACCUGUCCAUGAAGAACCCGCCGCUGCCGCCGCUCCUCCACCACCAGCUGCCCCUCCUGCCGCUGCCGCCGCACAGCACACUGCUACUGCUCUGUACGACUAUGAGGCUGCUGAGGACAACGAACUCAGCUUCCCGGAAGAUGCCAAAAUCACCAAUAUCGAAUUCCCCGAUGAGGACUGGUGGACAGGCGAGUACCAGGGUAAGGUCGGCUUGUUCCCGGCAAACUAUGUCCAGCUCGACAGCUAA